UACGUUUAGCCACAGUCGUGACGCGACUUUUGCGACGACAAGCUGUCGAUAACCGGUUCAGUUUUCAAAUCGUAUUCUUCGGCCUAUUUGUUUCUUUCAUUCUUUUUUUAUUUUCUAUAUUUUUUUUUUUGCUUUGUUUCUCUACGACUUACGAUCUCUCCUGAAUAUUUCAAAAGAGAAGGUUAAAGGAGAAUAAAGAAAGAGAUAGAAAGAGAAGAAAGAAAAUAAGAAAACAGUAUUCCGAUGAAAUUAAUUAACAUGCAAUUUUGUUUUCUUUUUCCUUGUUCUUUUCUUUCUUUCUUUCUUUCUUUCUUUCUGUUCGUAAUCAACUCACGUUUACAUUAAAGAUGGUAUUAUUGAUUUUUAAUGGCAAAAGAUAAUUAACGUUUGUAAUUAAAGUUGUGAAUAACAACGAACCGAUCGUUGAUUGCGUCUCUAAUAAUAUAUGUACAUCGAUAGAUAGUGUAGAGAUUUUUAUUUAGAUAGUGUAGAGAUUUUUAUUCAAGAAAAGAAAUCAUAGAAAUCGUUUACUGGUGUUUUCGUUUAAAGUGUUAUUCACAAUUAGUGAAAGGCUAGUUGUUAUACGUGCCGAUGAACUCGACGAGAAAGGUUUUCUCAUGGUCGAUCGACGACGUCACAACGUGAAAACAAAAUAAUAUAAUAGCGUUCGAUCGAUAUAAUGAAACAAGUACAGAAAUGUAUUCCUACGAAAUGGAUAUUUCAACUGGAAGAUUCAUCAUCGUGUCGUCAUCGCCUACUUCUUCGUGUUGUGUCAUGCUGUUACAUUAUUAUUAUACAGGCUGGUACAAAAAAUAUACGUAUGUAAGACAUGGUUUAUGAUUAAUCGAAAUCGUCAAGUCGCAUCUUCCAUCACAAACAAGUGCCACGUCCGAAUUAAUUUCGAUUUUGGUGGAAACCCGAGAAUAUAUCUCAAGAGAAUAAAGUGGUGUUCAAAGUUUUCGUUGAACUAUUAACGUCAACGAUAUAUAUAUAUAUAUAUAUAUAUAUAUGUGUGUAUACAUAUAUGAUAUAUUGAAGAAAUGAAAAGAAAAAAAAAAUUAUCGGAAGGAAGAAAGAUAAACAUUCGUGCGCGUGAGAGAAAAUAUAUUAGUCAUUAUUUCUGGAUUAUAAGGAAAUUUCGUAUUUAUCCUCGAUCAUUCCACGAAUACAUUAAAAAUCUUAACUAAAGACGAAGAAGAGAAGAGAGAAGAAAAAACAAUUCUUUCGUCGUAAGAAAAAUUCGAAAAGGAAAUAUUCAUAAUCGAGCGAAAUGACAUGGUUCUGUGGGAAAUUCGGUUUAAUAAUACUUUUCAUUUCCAUUUGUUGUCUUUAUAUGUUCGCGUUUUACUUCGAUCUGAGAUUCAAGAACGUUCUCAAUUUUAAAUCAAAUCAUAAAAUGAUACCGCAACGAUUGAAAGACCAUAAGAUGUUCAAGAAGAUCCUCUUUUGGAAUGGAAUGUUCGGCAACAAAAACUUUUAUUUCGGUGAUGGUGAUAUCUUUAAAAAUUGCCGAGUAAAUAAGUGUUACGCCACUUACGAUAGAUUUUACACUAACGUUGAAAAUUUUGAUGCUAUACUGUUUCAUGGUGUCGAGUUAGAGAGACAGGAUUUGCCCGAUGAAAGAAAUAUUAAGCAACAUUACAUUUUUGUUAAUUUGGAAAGUCCACAGAAUAGACCAAUCGAAAAUGUCUUUUUCGAGAAUUAUUUUAAUGAUACUAUGACUUAUCGAUUGGAUAGUGAAAUUGUAUGGCCUUAUGGAUUUGUUCGUGAUUUAAAAACUAAUAAGAUCGUUGCGCCUUCUACUGAUGUCUUUUGGAAUAUUCCUGAUAAUGAUGAUAAGAGUAACAAAUUGUCUUCUACAUAUCACUUAAAAGACGAUGCGAUUGCAAAUAAAAGUAAGGAAAUAGCUUGGUUGGUUAGUAAUUGUCCAGCUAAAAGUGGGCGUUGGGAAUACGUUCAAGAAUUAUCAAAAUACAUUAGCGUCGAUAUUUAUGGACAAUGUGGUGAUUAUCGGACUUGUCCAUAUACACGUGAUUGUUUCAAGGAUUUAUUCGAGCCACAAUAUUUCUUUUAUCUCUCUUUUGAAAAUUCAUUGUGUCAGGAUUACGUCACGGAGAAGCUUUACAAACCAUUGAGAUACAACAUAUUGCCGAUCGUUUACGGAGGAGCCAAUUAUAGUCGAUUUGCACCAAAAGAUUCUUACAUCAACGCAUUAGACUUUGACAGUCCAAAAGAAUUAGCCGUCUAUUUAAAACGACUUAAAACGAAUCCGAAAGAAUAUCGACAAUAUUUUCGAUGGAAGACCCUUUAUCGAAUAGAAGAUUCUGCAGUUAAGGUCGCUUGCAAUCUCUGCAAGUUUCUUCAUACUGAAAGGAAGAUCAAUACGUAUUCUAUAUUAUCGGAUUGGUAUAGCCGUAACAAAUGUCCCUUACAGAAGUUAUUGAAUGAAAUGAAAUAUGUCACGAAAGUAUCAUUGAAUAUUGAGAACUAAUAAAUCGAAAUAAUACUUGA